UCCAGAGAUAAUCUUACAAACUAUUUUCUAUCACUAUUUUAUUCUUUCCACCUCCUUAUCUCUGCAACUGCGCGCAUAUAUCUGAUAAAAACCCUUCCUCGCCCAUAUCUCUGUUGCUCUUCUCUGCGUGUGUGAGAGAAGAAACGAUGGAUGUUGACAUGCUAAAAUCAUCAUCACCAAUGGAUCACAUGGACAUGAUGGCAAUGAUGAUGCAAAUGGAAAAGCUUCCUGAAUUUUGUGAUCCUUUCCAUAACAUGACUCCCACAUACCCAGCUCUGAUAAAUCCAGCUUCCUCCAUGCCGUUCACGGGCGGCACUCCCAUUCAAGAGCCCGUGACGCCACCUCUUCAAGCCCCCGUGAUGUCAGGAAGAUUAAUCAGGAAUAAUGCUUCCGGUGGUGGUGCAUUGUCACUACUUGCAAAUUCAUACGAGAAGAAGAACUCAUCAAUGGCGGCAAUGAGGGAGAUGAUUUUCCGGAUAGCGGCUAUGCAGCCUAUUCACAUAGACCCGGAAUCGGUAAAGCCGCCUAAGCGGAGGAAUGUGAAGAUCUCAAAGGAUCCACAGAGCGUGGCUGCGAGGCAUAGGAGGGAGCGGAUAAGCGAGAGGAUAAGGAUUCUGCAAAGACUUGUUCCAGGAGGGACGAAGAUGGAUACGGCUUCCAUGUUAGAUGAAGCUAUUCAUUACGUGAAGUUCUUGAAGAAACAAGUUCAAACGUUGGAACAAGCCGGGGCUAAUAAUACUCACAUGGGUGGUAGUGUUGGCUUCCCGCCGGGGAUGACGAGUGCUCAUGCUAAUGUGAAUUACUCUGCUCAAAUGGUGGGGUGGGUCGAUCCCAACGCGUAGGUGAAGUGAUGCUGAUCUUCUGGUGGGGAUGCUGAAAAGGAAAUAGUGUUCAUUUCUUCCUUUUCUUAGUGUAUCAAAGAGUUCUCCAAUUAAUGGAUGGCCUUCCUCAUA